AUGCAGCUGCGAACGGUGCACAACAUCACCGCUGCAGGCGACAGGGCUCCGAGGUACUUGAACCAGCAAAUCUCUUUCGGGCCUGAGGACGCCGAAGGGGUGCUGUUCCCACAUCAAGACCCCUUGGUGAUCUCGGCCGAGGUAGCUGGCUUCGAAGUCCGGCGAAUCCUGGUUGACGGGGGAAGCUCGGCCGAUGUCAUCUUUGCCGAAGCAUACGCCAAGAUGGGGUUGCCAACCCUAGCCCUCACCCAGGCACCGGCCUCACUUCGUGGUUUUGGCGGCGAAGCAGUUCAAGUCUUGGGCCAAGUACAACUGGUGGUAGCUUUCGGCACAAGUGAGAACAGGCGCAAAGAGCAAAUACUGUUCGAUGCCGUCGACAUCCCAUAUAACUACAAUGCCAUCUUCUGCCGCACAACCUUGAACAAGUUCGAUGCCAUCUCCCACCACAAUUAUCUCAAGCUCAAGAUGCCGGGUCCGAUCGUCAUCAAGGGGCUUCAACCUUCGCCCGCCCCUCAUGGCAAGGUGAUCAAGAUGCAGAUCGACGACGCCGAUCCCACAAAGCUUGUCUUGCUGGGGGCGAUCUGGGCAAAGAGGAAGCCGAAAACAUCCUUGAGAAUUUCUGGGCGUGACAUCAAGGCGGGGGUGAUCGAAGAGAUCGACCACCCGGAGUGGUUGGCGAACCCGGUCUUGGUGAGUAAAAUGAACGGCAAGUGGCGCAUGUGCGUUGAUUUUACAAUCCUCAAAAAGGUGUGCCCGAAAGAUGACUUCCCCCUGCCGCAGAUCGACCAGCUUGUCGAUUCGACAGCUGGCUGUGAGCUCAUGAGCUUUUUCGAUGCAUAUUCCGGCUAUCACCAGAUCCACAUGAAUCCGGCUGACAUCCCCAAGACCGCCUUCAUCACGCCGUUCGGCACUUUCUGCCACCUCAGGAUGCCUUUCGGCCUGAGAAACGCCGGAGCAACAUUCGCCAGGCUGGUGUACAAGGUCCUUUACAAGUAG